UCGGAGCAGGUGUCUUCGGAGGAGUGAAGAGGGGAAAUUUCACAUUCUGCAUUUCCCUCUUUACACCUCCCUGCGUAGCUACUAAACAUUUAGAUGUUCGCAAAAAUGGUUUCAAAGUUGACGUCUUUGCAACAGGAGCUUUUGAGCGCCUUGUUGGACUCUGGAGUUACGAAAGAUGUGCUUCUGCAAGCUUUGGAAGACCUGGACCCAAGCCCGAGCGCUUUUGGAGUUAAACUGGACAGUCUUCAGAUGUCGCCCUCCGGUUCCAAACUCAGUGAUACGGAUUCAAAGCCGGUGUUUCACACGCUGACCAAUGGACACAGUAAAGGGAAGUUAUCAGGGGAUGAUGAGGGCUCGGAGGACGGGGAUGAUUUCGACACACCGCCGAUACUGAAAGAACUGCAGUCUCAAAACACAGAGGAGGCAGCGGAGCAGAGGGCAGAAAUAGAUCGGAUGUUGUCGGAGGACCCGUGGCGCGCGGCCCGCAUGAUCAAAGGAUACAUGCAGCAGCACAAUAUCCCUCAGCGCGAGGUCGUGGAUGUGACAGGACUCAAUCAGUCGCACCUGUCACAGCACCUGAAUAAAGGCACGCCUAUGAAAACGCAGAAACGCGCUGCGCUCUACACCUGGUAUGUCAGGAAACAGCGGGAGAUCUUGCGACAAUUCAACCAGAUCUCACAUGGCUGUGGCAGCAACAUGUCAGACAAAGGCAAUCAGGAUCAGGUGCUACUUUUUUUCUCAGACUUUAGUCAGUCUGCGCAGGGUAUGGUGCAGCCAGGGGAUGAUGCUGCCGUUGAACCUGCUUGCAAGAAGCUCAGACGCAACCGGUUCAAAUGGGGGCCUGCAUCCCAACAGAUCCUUUACCAGGCUUACGAACGGCAGAAGAACCCCAGCAAAGAGGAGAGGGAGGCACUGGUAGAGGAGUGCAAUCGGGCUGAGUGCCUCCAGAGAGGAGUAUCGCCAUCCAAAGCUCAUGGGCUUGGCUCCAACCUGGUCACAGAGGUGCGAGUCUACAACUGGUUUGCCAACAGGAGGAAGGAAGAGGCUUUUAGACAAAAAUUGGCCAUGGAUGCCUACAGUGGGCCAACGCACAGUCUGAACUCCCUCCUUUCACAUAGUUCCCCACAUCACCCACGAGCCAGCAGCUCCCCACCAGGAAAGAUGCAAGGUGUCCGGUACAGCCAACAAGGUCCUGGUGAAGUCAGUUCCUCCUCGACGAUCAAUCACCAUAGCAGUAAUGCCAUGGUAACCAGCCAGUCAGUAUUACAGCAGGUCUCUCCGGGGGCACUGGACCCCAGUCACAGUCUCCUGUCAUCUGACUCCAAGAUGAUCUCUGUAUCAGGUGGAGGUCUUCCUCCAGUCAGCACCCUGACCAACAUCCAUGCAUCUCACCAUGUGCACCAACAGACCCCCAACCUCAUAAUGCCCCUCUCUGGAGUCAUGGCCAUCGCACAAAGUUUGAAUACGUCGCAGGCACAGACGAUACCUGUCAUCAACAGCGUUUCAGGCAGUCUGGCAGCUCUGCAGCCGGUGCAGUUCUCGCAACAGCUAAACGUCCAACACCAGCAGCUCAUGCAACAGUCAGCUGGCCACAUGAGCCAACAGCCCUUCAUGGCCUCCGUCUCACACUCACACAUGUACUCGCACAAGCAGGAGCCACCCCACUAUUCUCACUCGUCUCGGUUUCCCCCCACCAUGGUGGUGACAGAUGCCAACAGCCUCAGCACACUGAGUUCAAUGUCCUCCAGCAAACAGUGUCCGCUGCAGGCCUGGUGAGCGUGUACACCUGACUUCCUCGAUGCCUAGCAACAGGAGCACAUCGUCCUGACCUCCAUUCUCCCGUAUCUGUGGCAACCCAUAAUAAGUGCUCGCAGCACGUUGGAUGAUGAGUUUGUCAAUAAACCAGGGGCUGCAGUGGAGGGCAAGACCCACAAGACCGAACACUGUCGGGUUGUUCAAGAAGUCUGGCGAUCAACGGACGACCAGCAACGGUACAAACUUUAGUGACGGUAUUUUCCUUCUCAGUGAUGGACGAACCGUAUUAAUGAACAUGGGUGAUCCUGAAGAACAAACAAAUAGGAAAAACAUGGUCAGACAAAGCUACAGAUACAAAUCUGCACCAGAAAGGAACGAAAAGACACCUGCUUUCCAGCCAGUUCCUGGAAUAAGGGCACAAUAUGUUUCUA